AUGACCAUAGUGUAUGAGGCUGUUGGAAUGAAAAGAUGUGCUCGAACAGGUGCUGAUUUUGAUAGAGAUCUGAGAAGAUUCUCCAUGCUCGAGAAGGCCGUGAUAUCAAUGGCCUAUCUACUUCCAAUCAUCAUCCCUUCAGUUGCAAAAUCCAUAGAUGCAUCCUAUAAUUUAUUCCUUCCCCUUUCCAUGGGCCUUUCUGCUUCUUCAUUCAUGCCUAUAUCUGCUAGAAUAGCCCGAAGGUUCUUCGACCAAGAUACAGUCAGGAUAGUCACCCUGCACAGCUCCAUGGUGACAAUAUACGUGGCCAUAGUAUUUAUUUACUCUCUUCGUAUGUCUGCCAUUUGCUAUAGCAAUGGAUUCCUCGAGUCAGAUAUCUCAGAUGGAGAGAUGAUGUAUAGAAUGCUCAUUCUUGCUUCAUAUCUGUUCUAUGACUCAGGGAGACUUAUCAACCGAUCUGUAGGAUUGUACAGGACGUUUGUAGUGAUGUCCCACCUUAUUGGUAUCUUUUUGAUAAGCCUGCUAGCUAUAGCAUAUGAGACGGGCUUUGCAUCCCAUUCUCUUCUUAUGCAGGUAUUCUUUUGCCACAGUAUAUCCUCAAUGGUAGUGUCGCUGGCUUUCGACAACUUUCCAAGCAUCAUAACCUUGAAAAAAGACUUAGAUAUUCUCCCGGUUGUCGUGUCUGUUGGAAAUCUCCUUACUGUCAUUCUUGGAGUUGAGAUCAUAUUUCCUAGAUACAAUCUUAAUAAAUAA